UUAUACCACUAACCGUGUAUAAUAAAAGAGCGAAAGUUUUGGAAGUUACUCAUUUGUCGGAUAGCGGUACCUCACGAAACACCCAGGUGUGAUUCAAGCCUACGGAAGUCGAAAUAGAAAUUAUCGAAAAAAGAAGCAGUGGUGAUAAAAGGGAAGAAUAAUUUUACAAUGAAUGAUAUACACGCGACUAGUCAACUGGACGAGAAGGAAGAUCUGAAGAACAAUGACGACAGCCAGAUACGAAAAUUUUACGCUGGAAAAUGCAUAUUUCUUACGGGGUGCAUCGGUUUUCUGGGCAGCGUUAUUUUAGAGAAAAUACUGCGCACCUGUGUCGACAUCGGCAAGGUCUACGUUAUGAUCAGGCCGAAAAAGGGUAUGUCGAUGGAAGACCGAGUAAAGGAACGUUUCAGAAAUGUUCUGUUCGACAAAGUGCACCAAUUGAAUCCAAACUUCGUGGAAAAAAUCGUACCGAUUUAUGGUGAUCUACAGAAAACCGACUUGGCUCUCUCACCUGAAGAUCGUCGAUGUUUGAUCGAGAAUGUUGAUAUAAUAAUUCAUAACGCGUCCCUGGUGUACUUCGAGGCAAAAGCGUCCCAUCUUUUGCGGGCGAAUGUGAUUGGAACGCAGAAGAUGCUCGAAUUAGCGACGGAAUGCUAUCAUUUAAAGGCGUUCGUGUACGUUUCAACCGCGUACUCUCAUCUUUACAACAAAGUGAUCGAAGAGAAAUUUUACCCACCUCCGGCUGAUGUAAAGCUAAUCGAACAGAUAAUACGAGCCGAUGAAGAGAAGGAAUCUGGACUUAGCAAGGACGAGAUACACGAUAUCGUAGGACAAUGGACUAAUCUGUACACGUUUAGUAAAGCCACCACCGAAGGUGUCGUCCAGGAUUUUGGCAGAACAUCGUCGUUCUCUUGCCUAGUCUACAGACCUUCUAUCGUUACACCACCAUAUGUGGAACCGUUACCAGGAUGGAUAGGAAACAAAAAUGGACCUGUAGUACUGACAUUAGGAAUCAGCCUAGGUAUCGUGCAUGUAGUAAACACGCAGGAAGAUAUUCUGGCAUUAAUCUGGGAUUCUGUUAUCCACGGGAAAUUUAAAGGACCACAAGUGUACAAUUGUGCAUCAUCUGACUGGAAUCCUGUCACCUUCGGAUUAGCAAGAGCAGCAACUUUAAGAGCGGCGUAUAAAUUCCCAUCCCUUAAAAUGGCAUGGUAUCCAUUCCUUGUAUAUGUUCCAAAUUUCCCUCUUUUAGUUAUAUUCCACGUACUGUUUCAUAUUUUACCUGCUAUAAUCGUUGAUAUAGUUCUCCUGGCUCAAAGGAAGACACCAAUGGCCAUCAGUGCAGUAUGGAGGGUAACGAAAUUCUCGAGGAUUUUAUCGCACUUCAUAUCUUCCAGUUGGAUCAUAAAAAGUGAUAAUCUAAAAGAUGUUCAAACUCGUAUGAACGCUGCCGAUUUGAAAGAAUUUCCGUUUGAUUUAAACGUAGUGGACUGGUAUAGAUUAAUAGAGUCAGCUCUACUAGGUUUCCGAUCAAUGUUACACGAUACACCGGAGUCAUUACCAGCUGCUAAGAGAAAGUAUCAAAGACUAAUGAUAAUCCACUACAUUAUUUGUGGCCUCCUAGUGCUCUUAUUAUUAUACUUUUUAUACAGGACAAUGUGUAGUGUUUUUUGUUAUUGGUAA